CCACUUCUCUCUCUAUAAAUUCCUCUCUCUCUCCUCCUUUUCUCUCACCUGACACAAACACCACUUAUUCUUCUUCUUUCUCUUUUCCCUCUUCCUCUUCUUCAUACUACCCUCGUUUUGCUUCUGCCGGAUUCUCUCUCCUCCAAUCAUUUGGACCAAAACCCAUCACACCCAUUUGCAAAAGAUCAAAUUUUUGCACCUUUCAAGGCUCAAACACUCUGAGAAGAAGGAAAAGUUCGUACCUUGGAGCUACCAACGAAAAAAUGACCAUAGCUGGGGAUAGUUUGCUUCAGGUUGUUGAGGAAGAAGAAGAUUCUCCUCCUGAGUCUGCUUUGCUUGAUCCUGAGAACAAUUCUAGGCCAAGAAGAAUCGCACUUUUCGUUGAGCCUUCUCCAUUUGCGUAUGUUUCAGGAUACAAAAACCGGUUUCAGAAUUUUAUAAAAUACCUUCGCGAAAUGGGAGAUGAGGUAAUGGUUGUGACAACACAUGAAGGUGUACCCAAGGAAUUUUAUGGAGCAAAAUUAAUCGGAUCGCGAAGCUUCCCUUGUCCUUGGUAUCAGAAGGUACCCCUCUCUUUGGCACUUAGUCCAAGAAUAAUAUCAGCCGUUGCCGAGUUUAAGCCUGACAUAAUACACGCAUCAUCACCAGGAAUAAUGGUGUUCGGUGCUCUUGCAAUUGCAAAGCUUCUUAGUGUUCCCAUUGUCAUGUCUUAUCACACCCAUGUACCAGUAUACAUUCCAAGAUACACCUUUAGCUGGCUGGUGCAACCCAUGUGGUGGGUCAUAAAGUUUCUGCACAGAGCUGCAGACCUGACUUUGGUGCCAUCGGCUGCCAUUGCAAGGGAUCUUGAAGUAGCUAGAGUAACAGCAGCUAACAAGAUUCGCCUUUGGAACAAGGGUGUCGAUUCUGAAAGUUUCCAUCCCAAAUUCAAGUCCCAUGAAAUGCGAAUAAGACUGAGCAAUGGCGAGCCUGAGAAGCCCUUGAUAGUUCACGUAGGACGGCUUGGAGUCGAGAAAAGUCUAGAUUUCCUCAAAAGUGUCAUGGAUAGGCUUCCUGAAGCAAGAAUUGCUUUUAUAGGAGAUGGACCAUACAGAGAGGAGCUGGAGAAAAUGUUUCAAGGCAUGCCUGCAGUAUUCACAGGAAUGUUAGGAGGGGAAGAACUGUCUCAAGCUUAUGCCAGUGGAGACGUCUUUGUGAUGCCUUCGGAAUCCGAGACACUCGGCCUGGUUGUCUUGGAGGCCAUGUCUUCAGGGAUCCCGGUUGUGGGAGCACGUGCCGGUGGUGUCCCAGACAUAAUCCCUGAAGACCAAGAUGGCAAGAUUGGCUAUCUCUACACUCCAGGCGAUCUAGAAGACUGUUUGAGCAAACUAAAACCUCUCUUGUACGACCACGAGUUGAGGAAAACCAUGGGACAAGCUGCCCGUCUGGAGAUGGAGAAGUACGACUGGAGAGCAGCCACAAAGAAGAUCCGCAACGAAAACUACAACGCGGCCAUUUGGUUCUGGCGCAAGAAAAGGGCUCAACUUUUAAGACCCUUCCAAUGGCUCGCGAAACGGAUUUUCCCAUCUCCAGAGGUCAAUGUAUAGGUGAUUGUGAUUGCAAAUGCAAAUUGCAUUUCCCUAUAUAUAGCUUUGGAUUGGUUCCUUAGUUUUCAUGAUUGCUUUGGCUUUAAGCAAGCCUUUGUAUGUGACAAAACAGAAAGUGUGGUUGAAUUGGGUUUAGUGCAUUCAUUGUGCUGUAUAUAAUGGAACUUGAAAUAUGGUUUUCAUGUGCCAUAUUUUGUGCCAUUAUGGAAGUGGAUUAAAAAGUUGAAAUGAAAUGCAAAUUCAUGGUGUGAAUUUGUCAUAAUGUACAUUAUUCAACCAAGAAUAGUUAUAUGGUUAAUGUUUUAAAUGUAUGUGGAAGAUUAUCACAGAAAACUAAUUGUUCACAA